AUGUCCCCCAUCCACUUUACAUUUUCAGCAACAUUUAUUCUAGGCCUAGCUGGCCUAGCGUUCCACCGCUCCCACCUACUCUCCGCUCUCUUAUGCCUAGAAAGCAUAAUACUCUCCCUAUUUCUCGCCCUCUCCCUUUGGACUCUCCAACUAAACUCCACAAGCUUCUCAACCUCCCCCUUACUCUUACUAGCAUUUUCAGCUUGUGAAGCUAGCGUGGGCUUAGCACUCCUUGUUGCUACUACCCGCACCCACGGCACAGACCGUCUCCAAAACUUAAACCUCCUGCAAUGCUAA